AUGCGAAACACAAACCCUAUGAGUGUAAUGGAUGGCACACCGCAGCCUCUGUGGCAACCAACAGCACUAAACUCCGUCGACGAGUCCUUGAAAGAAGGGAAGCGGGACAAUUACGGUCAUGGUGUAUCAGACCAGGGUCCCAAGUACAGCACGAAUUCUCAAAAUAGACAUGCGACGGACAUGCACAUGGACAACCACCUAGUAGUAAAUAAUGACAUAACACCAGGCCAUUCAAUCAACUGCCACAUUGAUCAAAUAAGCGGCCAUGCUCGGAGAGAUGAGGCCGUUCUAAACUUCCAAUUACCUUUACCGACAGGUAAUCCCGGGUCGACAGCAGCUACACUAUGCGCUGCGGCUCUAGCCAUUGUGCUGGCGUCGCACACCGACUCGACGGAGUUUACCUUCACCGUGGUGCCCGAUGUGCAGCGGCCUUUACAGUCCUCAUGGAAGGAGUGUAGCGCCGAGGGGCUAACCCCAGAUCCCUCGUUCUGCAUCGCUGUAGCCUGGGAGUCAGAUCUGCAAGACUUCUUGCAGAGCGUGCAGGACCGGCUCCCCGACCCAACUAUCUUGCGCAUGCAACAUGUCAGCAUGGCCCUGCCGCGGUCUCUCGGGGCACGAACGCUCGACUUGCAGACCAAAGAUGGGUCAACAGGCUUGCAUCACCGGGCAUUGCUAGUAGACUGCACGCUCCAUGCGGAUGAGCUCCAGCUGAGCUUCCUGAUCGAUUCCGCAGCCGUCGACCCUCAAUUGAUUAACCACGUGUCCUGGCAGUAUGAAAGCAUCCUUCGACGUCUCCUUUCAGCUGGGUCUGACAGGGGUGAACGCCUCUCGAAUUUUCGGGUCGUCAACAUGCAAGACCUGCGGGAAAUUUGGCGCUGGAACUCGGCAGUUCCGGAGAGGGUGGAUGGGCUCGUCCAUGAUAUUUUUGCUGGCGUCGUGCGGGCUCAGCCAGAGUCGCCUGCUAUCUGCGCCUAUGACGGCGAGCUGACAUACGGUGAGCUGGACCACCUCUCAACUCAUCUUGCACAAUCCCUCAUGAAGUAUGGUGUGAAAGACACUAUCGUACCUCUACACCUCGAGAAGUCUAUGUGGACUCCCGUGGCCCAGCUGGGGGUGAUGAAGGCAGGUGCGGCCUCCGUCGUGCUGGACGUGUCUCAGCCCGUAGAAAGGCUUCGGACCAUCCUUCGUCAGGUAAAUCCCCGGCUGGUUCUGACAUCUGUCGAAAAUGAGGCCGUCACCCGUCGUCUGUCGACCGAGCCUGUCAUGGUCGUGGGAAAGGCCGCAUUCGCCCAGCUUCCCCAGGGCGAAGCCGAGUGCGUACUCCCCACGGUGGCGCCGUCCGCCCGGCUCUAUAUCGUCUUCACGUCGGGGAGCACAGGAGUGCCCAAGGGAGCCAUUGUUACACACUCUAACUUUGCCAGCGCCAUCCGGCACCAGCAGAGAGCCCUUCAAUUUCGAGCCGGGCAGAGGGUGUUCGAUUUUGCGUCGUAUGCAUUUGACGUGGCUUGGUCCAACUUCCUCCACACUAUCACCGCUGGAGGCUGUCUGUGCAUCCCAUCCGACCAGGAGCGAAAGCAAGACAUCCCGGGCGCCCUGCGGAAGUACAGGGCUGAGUAUGCCCAUUUAACACCGUCAGUGACCUGGUUUUCACCGGAGGAUCUGCCCGAAAGCAUCCAGUUCCUGCAAUUCAGCGGCGAGGAACUGAAGGCUUCACUCGUUCAAGCCUUUCAUACGAGGGCAACCAUAAUUAAUACCUAUGGUCCAGCUGAUUGCACCUGGGUGGUCAGCCUGGAUGGAGCCCAGCUGGCGCCCAUUGGCACCGUUGGAGAGCUGUGGAUCGAAGGCCCCAUUGUGGGAGGAGGCUAUCUGAACGAUCCGAAGAAGACGGAAGCGGCGUUCAUCGAGGACCCAGCGUGGUUACUCCGCCGCGGCUUCACUACGACCCAGCCAGGUCGACGGGGUCGCCUCUACCGCACGGGAGACCUCGUGCGCUAUAACCGGCAUGACGGCUCUCUGUCGUUUGUCGGUCGCAAAGACUCUCAGGUCAAGAUCCGUGGGCAGCGGGUGGAGCUGGCGGACGUGGAACAUCAUCUGCGAAACUGCCUGCCAUUUGAGCUCCAGAAGAGGUUGCAGGUCAUCUCCGAGGUCAUUGUGCCGCAUGGAAGCACAAAUCCCGCGCUCGUGGCCUUGGUGAGCUCCGUUGAUGACACCAUUCAUUCAGACAUGGCAACCGUUGUGCGCAAGGCUGCUGGAGUCUGGGACGAAAGGCUCGCAGAGUCAGUUCCUGCGUACAUGAUCCCCUCAGCCUACAUUCCUCUCGGGCGUUUUCCUAUGACAGCCACCGGGAAGACGGACCGCCGGCGUCUCAGGGAAGCGGCAUCGAAGAUAUUCUGGGACCAUGCCAUACUGGAUGAGGACACUGAGCGGAUGCAGCCGACGUCGCAAGAGGAACAGGACAUGCUCGAAGUCUGGAGCGAGGUGCUUAAUAUCCCCCCAAACAAGAUCUCCACCGACGCAGCCUUCACACGCCUUGGGGGAGAUUCCAUCACCGCCAUGCAGGUCGUGUCUCGAUGCCGAGAGAGGAAAGUCCACGUCACGGUCGGAGAGGUACUCAAGCUGCGCACCAUCCGAGCCCUGGCUGCUCAAAGGAAAGCAAAAAGUCCCACCACUGCCAUCGUGGCCGGCGAGGAUGAUGCCGAAGGUCGGUCCUGGCCGCUCUCCCCCAUGCAACAGCUGUUCUUCGACGCACACCCUGCCGGUCUGAACCACUACACCCAGAGCUUUCUGCUCCGCGUCACCCGCCCGCUGAGCUUUCAUGCAUUGCGAGAGGCAUUGGCAACUAUCGUGCAGCGCCACGGCAUGCUUCGAGUCCGCUUCCAGCGACGUCGGGACACUCAGACAUGGGAACAAGUGGUAGUUCGGGCGGAGGAUAAUGCAUUUGUCGUCGUAGAACACCCAGCCCGUCCGCCUGGCGGCCUCGAGUCAGUCGUGCAGGCUCGACAGGAGAGCCUUGACCUCCAGAAGGGGCCCGUCUUUGCGGCCGAUCUAUUUGGUGGAAGCGGAGAGGAGGACGCGAGCCUACUGCUCAGCGCGCACCACGUCGUCAUCGACCUCGUUUCAUGGCGCGUCAUCUGGCACGAAUUGGAAACGUGUCUGACCCGAGGGCCAGCCAAGCUCCCAUCGGCACCUCUCUCCUUUCAGACCUGGUGCCGGCUGCAACGUACAGAAGGCAACACGCUCGACCCGACUGCGGUGCUGCCCUACCCGGUGGAGGCCGCACAGAUGUCCUACUGGGGUCUGGACCCUAAAGAUAAUCGAUUCGCGGAAAGCGACCUUUAUGAACAUACUAUCGACACAGAAACAACGGCCCUACUGCUGGGCCGCAUCAAUCACAGCCUGCGCACCGAGACCCUCGACAUACUUGUCGGCGCCCUAGUGCACUCCUUCCGCCAGGCCUUUCCGGACCGCACCGCGCCAGCCGUCUUCCUGGAGGGACAUGGCCGCGAGCCGUUGAUGGGCACCGACGUGGACCUUGCUGAGACGGUGGGCUGGUUCACCACCCUUCACCCCGUCCCCGUUUCAGGAUCAAGAUCGGACUCACUUGUUGACAGCAUCCGCCAGGCCAAGGAUAUACGUGCGCGCGUGCCUGGAAAAGGCCGGCCGUAUAUCGCCUGUCGCUAUCAUAGCGCCGCUGGACGCCAGGCCUUCGCCCAUCACCAGCCCGUAGAGCUGCUGCUCAACUACCGGGGCGUCUUCCAGCAGCUCGAAACUGCCGGGACACUGUUACAGCGAGAAGACCGGCCGAAUCGAACGGUGGCCAUAGGGGAGUUUGGAGACGACUACCAGCGCAUGGCCCUCGUGGAAAUCAAUAUUGUUGUCGAGGCUGGCCGCGCGCGCAUCUCCACGACUACGCACCAGCGUAUGAGGCACCGGAGCCGACUACACCGCUGGAUCCAACAUCUCUUCCCCGAUGCGCUCCAGGCCGCAUCCCAAGACCUCUUGGCUAUCCCGUCGUCUCCCACUCUCUCAGACUUUCCCCUCUUGUCUAUCUCAUAUGCGGGUCUCGAGGCACUGCUCACGGGUCAGCUCGUGGAACGGGGGAUCACAACAGAUGCGGUGCAGGACAUCUACCCGUGUACGCCAGUCCAGGAGGGAAUCCUCCUCAGUGAGAAGAAGGGAGCGGCUUCGUAUCGGAAUAGCUGGGUCUGGCGUUGCUCCUCAGGGUUGGCGCCCUCGCCUGCCGUGUCCCCGGCGCGUGUCGUAGCGGCCUGGAAGGCAGUGGUCCGCAAACACAGCAUCUUUGCCACAGUCUUCGCGUCUCAUCCGGACACCGGGAGGGAUAUUCAGGUCCUCUUGAAUGGUAUCGAGCCCCGUGUAGUCAGUGCCACGCCCGCCGUCACAAGCCAAUCAGCUACGCAAUAUCUCUUGAACAUGAACUCCCCCACAAUGGUGUCCUCGUCACCUGAGUACAGAGUCACUGUCUGCCAAGAUCACGACGGGGAGGUCGCCUGUAGACUUGACAUAAGCCACGCUUUGAUUGACGCUGCCUCCAUCCCAGUACUGAUGCGAGAUCUGGCCACUGUAUACGCCGGAGGCCGCUGGGGGAACCGCCCUGAUCCUCCACCCUUCAGCAACGUGGUGAGCCACGUCGAAGGUAGUCUGUCAUCCUCCAACCGACUGGCCUACUGGCAGGCUCACUUGGAAGGUGCACAGCAGUGUGAGCUUCUCGGUGAUCUCCUUCCCAUGCACGCUCAACGCGCAAAGAGCUGUGAGCUAUACGGCCUCAUUCCUCUCCGGCAAGCCACCACAACGGCUAUCUCACCCUACUGCCGCAAGCAUGACAUUACCCGAGCCGUGUUCCUUGAGGUCGCCUGGGCAUUAGUUCUCGCGCAGUUUACGGGCAUGACGGAGGUGUGCUUCGGGUAUGUCUGCUCCGGCCGCGACACGCCCGUGGAGGGCGUGGAGGCCAUAGUGGGCCCCUUGAUCAGCAUGCUCGUCGCUCGCAUCGACCUCAGUGUGCCACGCUUGAUGGACGUUCUGCACGCGGUGGGCGAGCAAUCGAUCGAGCACCUCAAUCACCAGCAUACGUCCCUCGCCGAGAUCCAGCACGCCAUGGGCAGACGCGGAGCCCUGUUCAACACCGCCAUUACCGUACGAGAGGCCCAUCGGUACGGCUGCGAUGAUGGGCUGCGACUUGAGGAGAUUCGAGAGGAGGACCCCCACGAGUUUGAUCUCCUGCUGAGUGCUACCUUGGACAAAGUCGAGACUGAUAUUAGCAUUCAAUACCGGGGCGAUUAUAUGAGCGUAGGAGUGGCCAGCAUGAUUGUGGGUGCGCUGGAGUCAGCCAUCGCGUACCUGGUCGGAUACCAGAAUGGCGACAGCAGCAAGCGGUCGGUCUACGACUCGUAUUUCGAGCACAUCAGUGGCAUCGAUGAAUACUCGGCUAUGUCACACUGGAACAGUCAGUUCGCAGGCCUGGAUGGCAUCACAUUCCCUCCCCUUCCCUCGCCGUCUUACCGGCCCAAAGUAGGCGCAUUGGUCCAGCAUAUGGUCCACGAUAUCACUUGGCCAGAAUCGUACACGGCCGUUUCCCUCGUCCGAGCCGCGUGGGCGAGUGUGCAGGCAGCUCAUACCAAUUCCGAUGAUGUCUGGUUCGGAACACUAUCUUGCGAGGGGCUGCCGACAUCCCCAGCUAUGGCGACGGCGCCCCCCAUGCGAGUCACGCUCGAUCGUGAUGAAAAGGUCGUCGACCUGCUCGAGCGCACCCAUACAGAGAGUAUGCGCAGCGCAAAUCUGAACAUCCUGCGUAUCCAACGGCUGGGUGAAGGCGCAGCUCGCGCCUGUCGCUUCCAAACCCUUCUCGCGAUCGUUACCUCAGGGCCAGAAACGGUGCAGGAUGACAGACUGGUUGGGGGAAACGAACAUAAUAUUCUCCCCUCGCGGCCACUGGUACUGUCAAUUCAGUGCAUUCUAGGGCCAUCGGACGUUCAGCUUCGCGCAAACUUCGACCCUGGAGUGCUCGAAUGUGACCUCGCCGCCAAGAUGCUGCGCCAAUUUGAAUGCGCACUCCGAUGGCUUAGCACGCCGGCCCACGUCGGGCGCGCAAUUCGAGACGUCGAGACGGCAAGCGAACACGAUCUUCGCAUUAUCUGGACUUUGAAUCAAGUGGUGCCCAAGUCCAUAAAUCUCUUAGUUCACGACCUGUUUGCCCGUACCGUCCAGAGGCAGCCCGCCGCUCUAGCCAUAUCAGCGUGGGACGGGGAGCUCACGUACCAGGCGCUGGACGACCUGUCCACUCGAUUGGCGCUUCAUCUCAUUCAACAGGGCGUGGGACCCGGCAAGAUCAUACCCAUCUACAUUGAAAAAUCCAUGUGGGUGCCCGUUGCGCAGAUAGCGGUGAUGAAAGCCGGCGGCGCGUCCGUCCUCCUCGACUCGACGCAGCCCUUUGAACGCGCUCGGUCAAUUGCGAGCCAGGUGCAGCCCAAUGUGGUCAUCUCCUCGCCUGCCAACCGGCUCUCGGUGUCAUCCCUUAACUGCCCAAAUUUGCUGAUCUUGGACUGGAGCCUCGUGAAAACCAUCCCAUACAUGGCUCCGGGUCAGUCCUUGCCCCGAACAGCGGUCCCCUCGGAUCUGCUAUACGUGGUCUUCACGUCGGGCAGCACCGGUGUGCCAAAGGGCGCCAUGAUCACCCACGAGAACUUUGCCUCGGCCGCCCACUACCAACAGCGAGCGCUGGGGUACGCACCUGGCGUCCGGGUGUAUGACUUCGUGUCGUAUGCGUUCGACGUCACAUGGUCCAACAUGCUACACUCGCUCACAUCCGGGGCUUGUCUGUGCAUUCCGUCGGACGAGCAACGGAAGAACAACCUCCUUGGCUCGCUGCAGGCCAGCCAGGCUACGCUGGUCGACCUCACGCCCUCAAUCUUGCGCUUGCUCUCGCCGCAACAGCUGCCCCAACUGCGCCGGGUCAUCCUCAGCGGCGAGUCAUUCAGCCAGGCGUCGCUCGGUGGCUGGGCGAGCCACCCCGGGCUCCUGAACACCUAUGGGCCGGCCGAAUGCUCUGUCAAGGCAACCAUGGCGCCUGUUCGCGGAUCGUCGUGCGAGAAUAAUAUCGGAUGUGGCGAGGGCCUUGUCACGUGGGUAGUGGACGCCAACAAUCCGGACAAGCUGGCACCGCUCGGGGCAGUGGGAGAGCUCUGGCUGGAGGGUCCCCUAGUCGGACAUGGCUAUCUCGGUGAUGCGGUGAAGACGGCCGCAGCCUUUGUGAAAGACCCCCCGUGGCUGCUGCGUGGGGGACCUGGCUGCCCUGGCCGCCGAGGCCGUCUCUACCGCACGGGGGAUAUGGUGCGAUAUGAAUGCAAUGGUGACAGUGGGAGACUGACCUUCAUCGGCCGAAAGGAUUCGCAGAUCAAGAUCCGUGGUCAGCGGGUGGAGCUGGGAGAAAUUGAGUACCAUAUCCAGAAUAGCCUUGACACAGAGGGGAGCACUCAGGUGCAGGUGUUGGCAGACGUGCUGCAGCCGCGGGAGAGCACGCACCCUAUGCUAGUUGCCUUUGUCUGCAUCACCGAAGGAGACAAGUCCACGGCACUGAAACUCACAGCCGGACUGGACGACAAGUUGACAGACAAGUUGCCGGCCUACAUGAUCCCCACAGCAUAUAUCCCCGUCGACAGUAUGCCAGUUGGUCCGACAGGCAAAACCGAUCGCCGGCGGCUCCGGGAGAUGGGGGCUGCCCUGACCCUCGAGCAGCUCUCUGAGUUGCAGCCGCGCAGGGGUAGCGACCGCAUUUCGAGCUGCCGGGAUUCCUUGUCACCGACGGAGGCCCUAUUGCUGGAGACAUGGGCUGUCGUCUUGGAAGUGAACGCGAACCACCUCUCACCACACGACCACUUCCUCCGGGUGGGGGGCGACUCGAUUCUCGCAAUGCGGCUCGUCGGUGAAGCACGCGAACGCGGCAUGAGUCUGUCGGUGGCAGAUGUCUUUCGGUGGCCGCGGCUGGCGGACCUCGCGCGGGAGCUGGACGGCCGGUCGAAGGUGCUGCUACAGCCCACGCAUAAGCAGUCGUCCAUGAAACCGUUCUCCUUGCUGGGUGGUGAUGCCGUGCCAGAGGAGGUUCAGGCGCAGGCGGCAUCCCUGUGUGGGAUUGAGGCAGCCCAGGUGGAAGACGUGUUCCCUUGCACCCCUCUGCAGGCCGGACUACUGGCAGAGACGGUCCGACGGCCAGGUGAUAAUGUCUUAAGAGAGAAGUGGCGGUUGAAAAAGAGUGUCGACGCUGCCCGCAUGCGCGCUGCAUGGCAGAGGGUUGUCCACGCCAACCCGAUUCUACGGACGAGAAUUGUCGAUCUCGGUCAGCAAGGCCUCUUCCAGGUCAUUGUCCGCGACGAUGAAGGCUAUGAGACGCAGCACGGUACGUCGGCGCAGGACUUUGGCCUUGGCACGCCGUUGGUCUUGUACGAUAUAUCCGAGUCUUGCUUCUCAUGGAGGAUUCAUCACGCCCUCUACGAUGGAUGGUCGAUGCCGCUCAUUUUCGACGCUCUGCACAAGAGCUACCGAUCCGAGACGAUUCCUGUCGCUCCUCCUUUCCAAGCGUUUAUCGAGUAUGUCAAGAACAGCAGCCAAAUCCAGGCGGAGGAGUUCUGGAAAGAUCAGUUCUGCGAUUUUAACGCCCAAAAGUUUCCUGUUCUGCCUUCCCCGGCCUAUAGGCCAAAAUGUGAUGAGCGCUUGGAGCUUGACAUCGACGACGUGGCUUCGAAUGGCGAAUACACGGCAUCGACAAGGAUUCGAUUGGCUUGGUCCAUCCUCCUGUCAACCAUCACCAACUCUGCAGAUGCCUCGUUCGGUGCCAUCGUGUCCGGCAGGCAAGCCAAUGUACCGGGCAUUGAGCGCAUGACCGGACCGACCAUGGCCACCGUGCCACUGCGCGUGGCGAUUGAUCGUUCAAAGGCAGUCAGAAACUUGCUGCAGCAAGUGCAAUUACAAGCCGCAGAGAUGAUGCCAUUCGAACAAGUUGGCCUUCAGCAGAUCCGGCGCUUCAGUGAGGACUGUAACCUUGGCUGCCAAUUCCAAUCGCUCAUGGUCAUUCAGUCUAGAGUCGAGCACGACGCUAAAGGUGCUCUGUUCGAAUCAGCCCCAGUGGCAACAGCAGCAGAUGAUGUUGACCCAUUCAAACUCUAUGCCAUCUGCCUGGAGUUCGUCCUCAAGCCGAAUAGCAUUAGUUUACGCGCCGACUACGACUCUACGGUCGUGUCUCCAACACAGUUCCGCCGGCUUGCUGACAGAUUCCAAAAUAUCUUCCUGCAGCUUUCUUUGCCUCGGGUCCAGGCUCAGCCACUCUCUCUGCUCGAUACCAGCAGCCUGGGGGAUCUAGACCAGAUCUGGCGCUGGAACGAUACGACCCUGGACAGAUGCGGUGAAACAGUCCACGAGAUAUUCAGCCAAGUCGCUACAAGGCAGCCCGACGCUCCCGCAGUUUGCUCAUGGGAUGGCAACUUCACAUAUGGGCAGGUGGAGGAGUUGUCCACGCGCAUUGCCCAUGAACUUCUCCGCGCGGGCCUCCCGCAGAGCGGCCAACGCAUCGUCCCUUUAAUGUUUGAAAAGUCAAAAUGGACAUCGGUAUGCCAAAUCGCUGUCAUGAAAGCCAAUGCGACCUCUGUUGCGCUCGACACAACGCUUCCAGACGGCCGUGUACAGACGGUAAUAGAUUUAGCCAAACCGCAAAUCAUCCUCACUUCGACAGCACAGGAAUCUCGAGCACGAAGUUUAGUUCCGUCGACUGCUCGGAUCAUCGUCGUGAGUGACGCUCAGGAGCCGGCGUUCAUCCGACCGCAAGAUGCGCAGCUGCCAGCGGUGGACCCGGAUACGUGGCUCUAUGUGGUCUUCACGUCCGGCUCAACGGGCAUUCCCAAAGGCGCCAUCAUCAGCCACUCGAAUUUUACCAGCGCGCUCAAGCACGGUCAAACGGCACUGAAGUUUGGCCCACAUACCCGUGCAUACGACUUCGUGUCGUACGCCUUUGACGUCUCCUGGCUCAAUGUGCUGUAUACUCUUUGCGCCGGUGGAUGUCUCUGCGUCCCAUCCCAGCAUGAGAUCCAAAACGAGCCCAAAGAGGCCAUUGCUCGCAGACGGGCAAACACGGCAUUCAUCACCCCGACAGUGGGCAAACUGCUGCAUGGAGCCGAUCUGCAAGUCAUCAACUACGGAGGGGAGAACCUUCCGCGCGACGAAAUUCAGUAUUGGAAGGACCGGGCGCAAAUCAUCCACUCCUAUGGCCCGUCUGAAUGCACACCCAUCUCUAUUUCGCAUAUUCUCGAUCCCGCACGUAGCCGGGUGAUUAUUGGCAAAGGCCUUGGAGUCCGAACAUGGAUCGUCGAACCAGAGCACGGUCACUCACUCGCCGCCAUCGGUGACAUUGGCGAGCUGUGGCUGGAAGGGCCUCUGGUCGGCCAGGGGUAUCUGAACGAGCCAGAGAAAACAGCGGCAUCAUUCGUCGAGGAUCCGAAAUGGCUCAGUCAGGGCGGUCCCGGCUUCGCUGGUCGACAGGGGCGGCUGUAUCGGACUGGAGACUUGGUGCGCUACGAAGAAGACGGCAACCUCGAGUUUAUCGGACGGAAGGAUGCCCAGAUCAAGAUCCGCGGACAGCGUGUGGAGCUGGAAGAGAUUGGGCACCAUGUCUUUGAUGCAAUCAUGGAGACGACAGUAUCCCAGGUCGUGGUAGACAUCGUCAAGCUCGCUGACUCCGCUGAAUUGGCUCUUGUCGCCUUCAUCGAGUCGUCGGACAAGGGAAUCAUUCCUGGUACGCAGGAAGCGCGUGCAUAUACCCAGCACCUGGCUGCUUCCACCAAGGCUCGCCUAUCGGCCACAAUACCAAGCUAUAUGAUUCCAAAUGCCUACCUGCUUGUAGACAGCAUCCCAAACACGACGUCCGGCAAGGUCGACCGUGGCAAGCUGCGCAAGGCGGCGUCAUCCAUGCACAAGGAGGAUCUUCUGCAGGUCGACAGCAUUGAGCGACGUGCGCCAGAGACAGUGGCGGAGAGGAAGCUCCAUACGCUUGUUGCACGGGUGCUUUCCUGGGAUGGGGAGUCGUUCGGAAUGGACAGCAACUUUAUCCAGCUUGGAGGCGACUCGAUCAGCGCCAUGAGACUGGCCUCGCUCGCGCGUGAGCAGGCGAUCUCCCUCACCGUCGCGAAUAUCCUGACGAAGGCGCGCAUCGCUGACCUUCUCCAGACGGACCAGGAAACUGGGCUGGGCAAUGUAACUGAAAAGUCACGCUUCGCCUUGCUAGACGUGGCAGACCCAAGCGCUUUUGUCCAAGACCAAGUGAUGCCACACGUUCAAUCUGGUCACGGCAAGUUGAUUGAUGUUCUGCCCGCAACAGACAUGCAGUCGACCUAUCUCAGGGAUAACCUCCAUGAGCCCCGCCGAUCCUGGUUCUACAGCUACAUUGACUUCUCCUGGAUCCCCGAUAAGCACCAUCUCGUCCAGAGCUGUGAGCAAGUAGUGGCGCAUUGCGAUAUCUACCGGACAGCUUUUGUUCGCUCUGGGGGUUCCUUCUUACAAGCUGUCUUUGAUUCCUGGGCGCCCAUCAUCGACAUCGUCGACGAUGUCGAUAUUGAAGCUGCAUUUGAGAAGCUGGUAGAAGAAGAGGUUACAUCGCCCGCUCCGCUGGGCGCGCCUUUAAUACGGUUCACGCUCAUUUGCGGGCAAAACGGGACGGCAAGACUCGUCUUCAGCAAGUCGCAUGCCAUCUACGAUGCGAUAAGCUUCAGCCAGACCCUGCAGAUGUUGGCUGAAGCCUACAACGGCUCGACUCAUGAAAGGCAGUCUUUCAGCCACUACAUUCACCACAUUCAAUCGCUGAAGGAAGACAGCUACGCAUACUGGCGCAAGAUGCUCCAAAAUUCUUCAAUGACCAGGAUACCAUACACAUCAACAGACUCCACAAAAGAUGGUCCUCCUACUGUGCUGGAGCGCUCCAUCCAGAUGCCAACCCCACCCUUCGGCAUCACCCAGGCUUCAUUCUUCACUCUAGCCUGUGCCUCUGCGCUCAGCCGCCUCACCGGCCGCAGCGACGUUAUCCUCGGCCGCGUAGUCUCCGGUCGAGCUAAUGUCCCAGCCGAGCUCCAGAAUGUCAUUGGGCCGUGCCUCAACCGUCUCCCGGUGCGCGUGCAAUUCGCGCCAGGUCAGACGAAGAUGGAGCGACUGGCGACGCUCCAAAAGCAGCAGGCGGAGGGUCUUGCGCAUGAGACGAUGGGUCUGACCGAUAUCGUCAAGCACUGCACUGGCUGGCCGGCUGACACAAGGGACUUUGGCUGCUGGAUCCAGUACCAGAACGUGGACGAGGCGCCUGUGCUCAGUGUACCUGGUGCGGUGGGCAGGCUAGCACACAAGGAGAUGUGGCAUGUUCCCGUUGCAGCGGACUUUUUGGAGAUUUUUGCCAUCCCGAGCGAUGAUGGAACGCUCACCGUGAGGUUGAUUGGGGGACUUGGGUAUGUGGAGGCCGUGAAGGUGGCGUUACUGGAGGGAGUUUGCUUCGAGUUGGCGGAUGCGGUCUAA